AUGAUUUUUUUUAAAAUUUCUUCAAAAAAAAAUGUAGAUCAUAAGGCUUUUAAAACAUGUGCUCAAUCUUCAUUUUGUAGACGUAAUAGACAUUUAGCAGAUCAAAAUAAUUUAAGAGAUAAAUAUAUACUUGACGAUUCCAAAUUAUCAUUAAACAAUGGAUUGCUUGAAGCAAUUGUUUUAAAAAUAUCUAAAUCAGACAUGCAAACUAUUCAUCUCCCAUUAUCUAUUUCAUUUUUAAAAACAGGUGUUGUUAGAGUCAAAAUAGAUGAAUUGCAGCGUCAAAUGGGAAAUAUUGAUAUACCAAACAAUAGUAAGAUUCGUAAGGAAAGAUAUAAUGAAACAGAAAAAUGGACAAUUGCUUCAAAUCUUCAGUUGGAUGAUAUGGUUCAAAACUACUCAAGAGAAUCAGGUGUAACAACUAUAAAAUAUGGAAAAGACUACAAACUUGAAUUAAGAAUAACACAUGAUCCAUUUAAAAUUAGUUUUUAUAGAAAUGGAAAUGCAGAAGUUUUAUUUAAUGAGCAUGGAUAUCUAAAUUUUGAACAUUGGCGUCCUAAACCAAUUGAAUAUUCAGAUAAUUAUGAAGCUCCAGAUCUUUAUGGAAUAUGGGAAGAAUCGUUUAAUGGGAUACAUGAUACAAAACCUCUGGGACCAGAAUCAGUUGCUUUAGAUAUUACAUUUGUAGAUUACGAACAUGUCUAUGGAAUACCAGAACAUUCAUCAAGUUUUUCUUUAAAAGAAACACGGUUAGGCGAGAAUAGAAGUUAUGAUGAACCAUAUCGGUUAUUUAAUACAGAUGUUUUUGAAUAUGAAUUAGAUAGCUCAGCAACUUUGUAUGGAAGCAUUCCUUUUAUGUAUGCUCACAAAAAAAAUUCAGGUGCUGCCAUUUUUUGGAUGAACCCAACAGAUACUUGGAUUGAUAUUGAAAAACAGAAGUCAGAUUUUCAGUUUUCAAAGAAUGCAAAUGUAUCAACCAAGACUCAUUGGAUAUCAGAAACUGGAUUAAUAGAUAUAUUUGUUUUUUUAGAUUCAGAUUUUAAAAAUAUUUUUAAACAUUAUGGAGAAUUAGUUGGAUAUACUGCUCUUCCAAAUAUUUUUUCACUUGGAUAUCAUCAAUCUCGUUGGAACUAUUUUGGAGAAGACCAUGUUUUUCAAGUUGAUACUAAUUUUGAUAAACAUAAUAUACCUUAUGAUGCUUUAUGGCUCGAUAUAGAAUACUCUCUUAAUAGAGCAUAUUUUAUUUGGGAUGAAGAUUAUUUCCCUGUUCCUAGUAAAAUACUAGAAAGACUUGAUUUUAAAAAACGUCAGCUUAUAAUAAUUGUAAAUCCUCACAUUAAAAAAGAUGAAGACUAUUUUGCCUAUAAAGAGCUAAAAGAAAAAGAACUUUUUAUAAGAUCCUCGAAUGGAGAUGUUUAUGAAGCUAAGUGCUGGCCAGGAGUUUCUAUAUGGGUAGAUGUUAUGUCAGAAGAAGCUGGUAAAUGGUGGUCUGAUAAAUUUCAAUAUGAAGUUUUAAAGAAGUCAUCAUUUUCUAACUUACAUAUUUGGAAUGAUAUGAAUGAGCCAUCUGUAUUUAAUGGACCAGAGUUAACAAUACAUAAAGAUGCUAUACAUCAUGGAGGUUGGGAAAAUAGAGCAAUUCAUAAUCUAUAUGGAUUUGUUGUACAAUAUUAUACUUAUUUAGGACUUUUAGAAAGAUCACAAAAAAAAAUACGGCCAUUCAUUUUAUCAAGAGCAUUCUGGGCUAGCACUCCACGUAUAGGAGCUAUCUGGAUAGGUGAUAAUGAAGCAUCAUGGGAACAUUUACGUGCUUCUAUACCUGAAAUACUCUCUUUAAAUAUCGCAGGAAUGUCUUUUUCCGGAGCUGAUGUUGGUGGUUUUUUUGGAAAUCCUUCUAAUGAAUUAUUAACACGUUGGUACCAAGCUGGGAUUUUUUAUCCUUUUUUUAGAGCACAUUCUCAUAUUGAUACUCGACUACGUGAACCUUGGACUGUCCCUGAUCCAUAUAAAUCAAUUAUACGUGACGCUAUAUGCAUAAGAUACCAACUUCUUCCAAUAUGGUAUACUGCUUUUUUUCUUGCAAGUACUACAGGAAUGCCAGUAUUGAGACCUCAGUUUUUUGAGUUUCCUGAUGACGAAGAAAGCUUUUCAAUUGAUGACCAAUACUUUUUAGGAAGUAGUGGGAUUCUUGUUAAGCCCGUUACUGAGGAAGGUGCAACUCAAGUAAGUGUUUAUUUUGCUGAUAAUGAGCCUUACUAUGAUUAUUAUGAUUUUUCUGUAUAUUAUGGCAAAGGUUACAAAACAAUUAAUUCUCCUCUUGAGAAAAUACCUAUAUUUAUUCGUGGUGGUUCAGUUAUUGUAAGACGUGAUAGAAUACGUCGUUCGUCCUUGUCAAUGAUGAACGAUCCAUUUACAGUUAUUGUUGCUCUUGAUAAUAAAGGAAAUGCUCAAGGAUCUUUAUAUUUAGAUGAUGGACAGUCUUUUGACAAUCUCGAAGGGCUUUAUUUUUAUAAAAAGUUUGUUUUUUUCUCAGAAAACUCUACUUUUACUUCAUAUAAUCUUCAUGACUCUAAUAAUGCAAAAAAAUAUUCUGAAAAGUUAAAAAAAAUUAGAAUAGAAAAACUUAUUAUACUUGGAACAGACAUUACCUUAAAAGCAGAAAACAGCGUAAAAAUCAUUCAUGAAAAAAAUACAUGGAAUGCAGAUGCUAUAAUUAAUACUUCGCAUGAUAAAAAAACAAAAGUAAUAACUAUCAGAGAUCCAAAAAUAUAUAUUAGCGAAAACUGGCAAGUUUCAUUAUGA